GAGAAAAUAGUUUUGAGACAAAGAUAAAGGGGGAAAACAGAAGACUGAGGAGGUUUGGAGUGCUCUUAAUUGGUACACGAUGUUGCGCUUGUGCUGUCCUGCGUGGAGCCUCUGGAGUGGGCACAACUGGUGUUCUCUCACAGUCACAGCUGCAACCAGUUGGUUUUGAGCAUCAGAUGAGCGUUUCAGAAAAUAUUCUUCUUUUUCUGCGCUCCACUUUUCUUUCAGCCCGAGGAGCGGAGAGAGUGGGCGCGCCCAAAACCUAAAAGUAUGACCAAAGCUUCCGCGCCCUGACGCGCUCCGGUGAGCGCAAGUUGGACCGGUGAGAGUGUGGACGAGCAUGAAGCACCAUGGGUUGGUGUGACCGCGGGGUUCAAACGCUGCUGGCCACCGUGGGGGCUUUUGCUGCCUUCAGCCUGAUGACCAUCGCCAUUGGCACGGACUACUGGCUCUAUUCUCGGGCGUACAUCUGCAACACCACCAAUGCCACCACAGACGAGACCCAGUCACAGCCUAAAACCAAGAAGGGCGAUCUCACCCACUCUGGGCUGUGGAGAAUCUGCUGUAUUGAAGGCAUCAAUCAGGGCAGCUGUUACAGAAUCAACCAUUUCCCUGAUGACAACGACUACGACACAGACAGCUCUGAAUACCUGCUGCGUAUAGUCCGUGCCUCCAGCGUGUUCCCCAUCCUCAGCACCGUCCUGUUGAUGCUUGGUGGGCUGUGUGUCGGGGUGGGCCGAGUCUACAGCAAGACCAACAACGUCCUCCUCAGCGCCGGCAUUCUCUUCGUAGCUGCAGGUCUGAGCAACAUAAUUGGCAUCAUCGUCUACAUCUCCAGCAAUGCAGGGGACCCCAGUGAUAAACACGACGACAGGAAGUACACUUACUCCUACGGCUGGUCAUUCUACUUUGGCGCCCUCUCCUUCAUCGUGGCCGAAGCGGUUGCUGUCCUCGCGAUCAACAUCUACAUUGAGAAGAACAAGGAGGUUCGCUGGAAGGCGCGGCGCGAGUUCAUCCGUUCCCUCUCUUCCUCCUCCCCGUACUCCAGGAUACCCAGCUUCCGGUACCGCCGGCGGACAUCGCAAGCCAGCUCCCACUCGACGGAGGCGUCGCGGGAGAACUCGCCGGUGGCCGGUCUGAAGGGGGGUCCGUCGUCUAGCGGGGCCCUGGACCAGCUGUCCAUGUACGCCCUGGCGAGGGACAGUGUGACGGAGAACGCGUACAGCCCCGAACACGAAGCGGCUGUAGAGUUCCUCCAGGUCCAUAACUGUUUCUCCAAUGAUUUAAAGGACGGGGUGAAUCGCAGGACCACGCCAGUGUGAGAGGUUCACCUGGAAUCGGAGGAACAUGAGAUUAUGAGAGAUCAAUGGGCUGAUCUGUUGGAGCCCGGGUGCUGGUGAUAGCCUGCCAUCUUAGAGGCACAGUUUUUUGGAGAGACUGUCCUUUUUUUGGAAGGACCUGAAAGGAAAAGAGAGGACACUCAGCAGGACGGACGAUGAGCCAAUUAACAUAAACUGAGAACCAUUCAUCUGCUUUGAGAGACCAUCGAAGCAGAAUGGAGUUUCAUUGUCUGUGCUGUAGCUGAUUCGAACCCUUGUGUAAAAGUCACUAAACGUUGAGGGUGGGACAUGUUGAGAUGUGCCAAUCAGCAGUAAUCUACCUGUAAAUUAUUCAACAAGGUGCUAAAUGAAAUGUACUCUUCAACUUGAAAGUGUUCCAUUUAUAUGUUUGUAUAUAACUUGUGGAUCCUUCUCCAGAGUUUGUUUCGUGUCCUCAUAACCAGUCUGGUCUUGCCUUAUACUCGAAUCAAAGGUUUGAAAGAGACAACCGGGUCUCUCUCUCUCUCGCUCUCUCUCUUGUCUAGCUCACCGUCUCUUCCUUAUUCUUCUCUUGACAUUUGUCAGUCGGAAAAAAAAAUGUCUGUUUUGUCGGCGGAGCACCUCCGUUCAAUGGCCCCCUUUUUUCUUCACUUCCAUAUCAAUCGUCCGUCCUCCCGUCACAGCCCACCUGAUUGAUGUGACAGUUGUGCGUGUUCCUGUACCCAGAGACGAGCAGCUGACCAAAGAGGGGGGUGCUCAGAACUGUUAACGCGGCACAGGUCAGGACUUCCUUUUGCUCUGAAAAGAAAGCAUCCAUAGUGUUCAAUGGAUAAGGAUCAGAGCCAGGCAGGCGAAGAGUGUUUGUCUGUCUGUCACGUUGCCUUUGAGUCCAUCUGGCUGUCUUUCUUCCUUCUCAUGUUGAACAGAGGACCCAGACAGAGGCAGAGGGAGCUGUCUGCGACUGCGUCCCUGAAGGAUUUGGCUCUAAUAACCCGAUGUGUGUGUGUCUGUGUGUGUGUGUCACUGCUCUUUCCUUUAGUUCUCUCAGGAAAUACUGUGUUGUUCUUGCAGGUUGGACACUUUUGAGGUCCUCCCCUUACUUUAUGGCAGUGCUGGGAAAUGGACCAGUGAUAAAGAUAAACCUGGUUGGAAAUGAUUUGAGAAAAGAAAAUGCCAUUACUGUAUUUAUUUAUAUGCUGUGAGUGUUUGCUUGAGCUUGCUCCAAGAACCAGCUUGUGUGUGUGUGUGUGUGUGUGUGUGUGUGUGUGUGUGUGUGUGUGUGUGUGUGUGUGUGUGUGUGUGUUUGUUUGUGUGUGUGUUUUUUCAGUCUUAGGGCUAUUCAGUUGGUUCUGGUUUGGCAAGCGAGCUCACUCAACCACAGAGUCGUGUUUGAUUGUAUUUAGUGUGUUUGAUAUCCCGUUGGAGAAACCACUUCAUGUAACCGGCUUAGCUCAUGUAAAAGAAAGCCGCCAGUAUGAUCCAUUCUAAGUGUCGGUCCAACACUUUUAUAGUACGAUCCAAACGUGUUUGUUUGUAAUGUAAAGCUGUAAAAUUGUAUAUAAAAGUACAAUAAAAAUACAAAAAUAACAUUGAAUGUGCAACAGAGGAUUCAAAGCAUUUUACUGAACAAUGUCUCAAUAAUAACGCCUUGAUGCAUUCUGGCAUUGGUCAUUGAAGAUAUUCAGGUGAACACACACUGUCUAAGGUUAAUCUAUUGAAUGUUCUGUGAGGUGAAGUGAAGUAAACAUGUGUAGGAGACAAAGCUAUAUUUCCCAUGCCAUGUGUAGGCACUGCUGUACUUUACCUUGUGUGCUUCUUUUGAUUUAUGGCUUACUAUUGUUGUGAAAUAAGUACAUUCUCAAUAUUUCUUUCAAGAAAUUAGCGAUUAACAUUUACUAAUAGAAUGACUUGUACACCAAAAAAAAAACCAGGAAAAGAAACCUCGGCUCUUGUCCCAGUGUAUCAAAAAGUAAUUCCCUUUUUCAUGCUGUUUCAAGACCAAACAUCACGACUGUAAAAGUAUUCCUGUUUUAUAUUGGAUUUGAGAAUGCCUUUGUUUUAUUUUUAAUUUCCUGUAUUUCCUGCUUUUAUUGUAAUAAUCAAAACAAUCUUUUAUUUCAUCCGAGUUAGAUUGUCGCUCUCACUUUCAGUUUUUUUUUAGUUACAACCCAAAACAUACUGUACAUAGACAAAUAAACUACAUCAGGGUUAUUUUGUUGUGCUGUAGUGGUGAUUUAUUGUUAACAAGACUACAGCCAUGCCAGACGCUGAACUGUAACAUGUCGAUGCUUAGCGGGUUUAAUGUUUAUCAUGUUAAUCCAUCUCAGUUUAGCGUAGUAGCAUGCGGCUACUUUGGCUACUAAACACACCUUCAAACCACAAAUGUCAACCUCAUGGUGGCGCU